GUCGUGGUAGGACCAUAAGCAGAAUUUCAUUUGGUAUAUUUAAAAAAAAUACGUUAAAGAGGAGCGUCGUUUUGAACAGCCAUUUUAAAUUGCUUGGUUUUCCUAAAACCUAUACGCUUACAAAACCAGUUUCUUCGAUUUUCCUUUCGGUAUCAAAAUUGUAUUAUAAACAACAAAUUUAAUUAAAAAAUAUACGAAAUAGAGAGAGGCAACGCAGAAACCUAACGAAAUACUAUUGUGAAUGCGAGUACAGCAAUUCUUUGCACAAAUACGGCAACGCCAACGUCAAACAGCUGUUUCAGUUCCGGGGUGACUGUCAAAUUAAAUUAGAUUUAAUAAAAAAAAGUUGCCUGUUUCUCACUGCACAUUGCACUUCUGUUAUUUUGAAUUAAAUUACGUGGCUUUUAUAACUGAAAAUGGGCAGCAAGUUCUUUAAUAAAUUGCUAUUAAUCGGCGGCUUCGCAAGUCUUGCACAUGCUGCCUUUUCAGCUGCUCAUCAUCGCACUUAUUUGAGGCUCACUGAACAGGAGUGGAGCAGUCUACCAUUGGAUAUUAUACUGCAAACGGUGAUCAGCCUGAUGAUUGUCGUCUACAAUAUUAUCCAGAUUGUGGGCGAUUUUAAGGAGAUCCGGGCCACUGUCGACAUGCAGGCAAAGACCUGGGACACCCUCGGCAACUUCCCAUCGUUCUACACAUUCAAUCAUCGUGGACGCGCUCUCAGUCCCAGCUACAAACCGCAUGACUAUGAUGAUUAGAACUGUUGUAGUUGCUCCAUAUAGAUUCGAUUCUUUUAUAUAGCUGGUUAGCGUCAAUAGACUUUUUUUUAAUAAAAAAUAUACUAGGAAUAAACUUAGAACAACAUC